UACUGCAGCUACAGCAAUGGCGCCUACAAUCACUUCAACAGCAGAUUACCCAAAGGAACACUUGAACCUAACCCACAAGUUAAGAAAGCCACUUGUGGAGAAGAUGCGCAGGGAUCGCAUCAACAACUGUAUCGAGCAGCUCAAGGAUCUCCUGGGUCCACAGCUCCUCAACCAGCAGCCCGACUCCAAGCUGGAGAAAGCCGACAUCCUGGAGAUGACUGUUUGCCUCCUGAGACGAAAGCUCCAGCAUAAUAGUCUACCUUCAUCUGAUGAUGUUCAUCAGGGAUUCUCCAGGUGUGCCCAAGAGGUUGUUCACCUCCUGUCUAAAGAUGAGGCUCAGACACACUCCCAUGGAACUGUGCUGAACCACUUCCAGACCCAGAAGCCGUCCUCUGAUGAGGACAUGCCAGAUCAAGCCCUGCCUCAGUUUAGUGUGCUGAAUCAGCACACACUGAGCAAAGUCAAGAGUCCAGCCAAGAGCGCCCCCUGGAGGCCUUGGUAGAAAACUUCAAACCAAGAUUCUCCAAGAUGUUUGACCACAUUGGUCUGCUAAGAGCCUCUAAGGACAUUUAUUCUUUUAAAAGAUGGUUGAUUGUUAACCUGCUAUUGCAGAUGUUUUUCUGAUUUUUAAAAAAAAAAGAAACUUGAUUUUCUUUCUAGAAAGAAUUUGCUAGCCAUUGCAAACUAAAGUGUCUUCAGUGAAGAUUUUCUGUGAAAUGGAACACAUUUUAAAGCUUUUUAAAUAUUUAGAUAUUGAACACAUUGAUUAUAGAAGAAUCUAUAACAAUGAAAAUCCCCAUGGUUGUACAUGGCAAUGCUUUCUGACUUGUGUCAAACUAUUCCAAUGUAUCAUUGUGAUGCAAUUACGCUUCACUUUAAAGCACAUUUUAUGUAAAAGUUCCUUCAAUGAUGGAACAACCUUUUAAAAUCUCAAAUCUGAGAAUAUGUGACACUUUCUUAAUAUUUAAGAAAACAAUGUGAUCUCCCAUGUGUGAGAGUGUGAUCCUUUUUGUUCAUUCUGUGAAAUGAACUUACAACUGCCUUUAUAUGGGGUUGCUGUUGUCUUUUAUAAAGACUUGUUUUAUAACCCAUUCUAUGUCUCAGUUGAGAUACAUUAUCGAUAUAAUAUCUGUAAAAUUGUCUGAAUCAGACGGAAUUUGUCUAUGUGAUGUUGUUCUUUUGCUAGAACCUGACAAUAAAAUAUGCCCUCA